AUGACCGUUUGCAGAAGAUUGCUCCCUUUAGUGCCUUUUCAAGGGCGACUAAAAUUCAAGCAGUAUAUUGCCAACAAAAGGCACAAAUUUGGGAUAAAGCUAUUCAAACUUUGUCUGGAAGGUGGUUAUACCUACGAUUUCAACGUAUAUUGUGGAAAAGAACAUGCUGAAGGUAGCAGCGUACCAACAAAUGUAGUGAUGAAACUUAUGGAUGGACUGCUUGACAAAGGACGAACACUUGCGAUUGAUAACUACUAUACUUCUGUUACACUUGCACAUGCACUCCUGCAUCGAAAAACUCAUAUGAUUGGCACGCUGCGUGCAAACCGCAAAUAUAAUCCCAAAAACGACAUUUCCAAAAAAUUCAAAGUAGGUGAACAUGUAGCUGAACAAAGUAAUUCGGGCAUCGUUGUUCAGAAGUGGAGGGACAAACGAGAUGUUCUGAUGAUUACUACCAAAUUCGACGACGAAAUGGUGACAAUCCAGAAGGCACGCGGUGAUGUUGUAAAGCCAAAUAAUGUCAUUGAAUAUAAUAAAUAUAAAAGCUUCAUUGAGAUAUCAGACCAAAUGAAAAACUAUAAUUCGCCAUUACGUAAAGGAAUAAAAUGGUACAGAAAAUUAUCUAUGGAGCUCUUGACUGGCACAGCACUUAUAAAUGCUCAUGUCGCGUAUCAAAGCAUUGCCAAUGAAAGCAUGACGAUUACCAAACUCAGCGAUGUUGGCCGUGCAAGCAGAAGACGAUGUACAGCGUGUUACGCAAAAAUAGCAGAAGAGGAAGGAAGACAAGUAAAGUAG